UUUUGAAUGAGGAUGAGGGUCUUAAACCCUUCACUGGAACUUUCCGUAAAGCUGAAACUUUUUUCAACGUUAUUUGUGGAAAUAACCAAGAAAACAGACGAUUUAAGGCUUGUGUUCAGACUUUUGUCUCUCCUGGGCUGGGAUUUGUCUCUAAAAACGGGAUUUGGUAGCAGUUAUGCACACGGGUGUUCUCUUGCCUCAUUUCUUAUUUUCCUGUCUAAUCAAAAUCCGCUUUUGGUUCAAGGAUUGGGCCGUACAAGGCCGCGCGCAGUUUACAGCAGCAUAAACACAUUAUGGAUUAAGUGUUAUCCCAACCCGAUAACAUCUACAUAACAGAUGGCCUGGCUGCAUUUAUCACAAGAUGUUUUGAGGACUGUGCUAGGGUUAAUUGAAACAGCAUGGCCUGAAAGGCAGGCCUGCUCAUUUUACUGGUAAAUGCUGCAGAGGAAUCCAGAUGACACUCACAGAAGGGGGGUUAGACCCCCUGGGAUUGUACAGUUUUAUGCACAUUUGUUGAAUUCUUUGGAAUACCUCGGGAUGCAAUUCUUGAGUUUUGUAGCACUUUUUUUUUGAAAGCUUCACAAUCUGUUGUUUAAACUUUAGACACACAUUAACAAUUACACCCAGUGAAGCAGGCAAAACAGCAUGUGGCACAAGUCCCAAAGUCUGACAGCCAUAGGCACAACGCCAACCAUGACGGAAGGCUUCUGCUCCAGAGCUGAUGUCAUCGGAGGCAGAGUUGAAUCUUUUUGUGCUUUCUCUUCCCCAAAAGCCUGACUUUAAACUCCAAAGCUGCAGCUGAAUUGUUCCUUUGACAUGAAUCUGCUCGUCUCACUUGUUGCAGGAACAAAUAUCUGCACAUGGUGUCAAAGAGAAGAAAAACGUUGUGAAGUUUUAGUUGAAUCGAGUGCAAAUGGGAAAGGUUUGCUGGAUCAGAAGGAAUUAAAAUGCAUGAUCCUGCAGCACUGUCCCUCCUGUUUGAGAGAGGAACAGUGGGCGGUCCUACGGCGAGUAUUCUCUGUUUAAAUAGUCAAGUUUCCUCCUUCAGCCCCAGCUCCGUCUAACGCCAUGUUGGCUGUUAUGACUUGACGUGUUUUUACUACGAACUUGACAGGAGUGGCUCCGCGAAACCCCCUCCGUCAACCCCCCCCCCUCCUCCGUCUUGUGUUUUUUUACGUUUUGUUCCGUUUUGUAUCCCGUGCGUAAUUUGGAUGAUACGCGCGGAGCAUGCACGCGUCGUUCAGUCUGCAUCUGAAGGGAUCCUUCUCGGAGUUUUGAUUUGAAAAGGAGUCUGGAACUUGAGUUGUGGUUUUAAAUUUUUUUUAUGUGCAACAAAAUGUCAGAUGUUCGCCUUUCCAACGCGAGCCCGACCGUGGAGCGGGUGGACGCGCGGCAGCCCGAGAACGUUCGCUCAGUGUGCAGGGCGCUGUUCGGUACACCUGACCGGGAGGAGACUCGGAGGUACGCGGCCACCCUGCAGCAGGAAAGCAGGCUGGAUUUUAUGGAGAGAUAUAACUACGAUCCAGUGGCGGACAGACCGCUCUCUCCGGGAAAUUACGAGUGGGAGGAGGACGGCGAAGCACCGGAGUUUUACCGCAGGCCGCCUCACGGGAGCCAGCGGCCCCGGGCGGAGGCUGACUCACCCAGUGAAAACCACCGAGGCAGCGGCGAGGAGGACGACGGGAGGAGGACGGAAUCUGCACAAGGGAGUAACGGUUCACGGAAACGGAGAUCAGACACAGCAGCUUCUUGCUCCGAAGAAUGUUCGACGAAAAGGUCGAAUUCCGAUAGAGGGGAGGAUGAUGAUGACGAGGGCUGCGAAGGAAGUCAAUCUGUAUCGGUCAGCAGGCCUGGGGACAAAGAGGCAGUCCCCUUAAAGCCGGUGCCAGAGCACUGAGACCUGUUGCUGGUGGAGGACUGUAGGCUUUCUCAUCAUCUGACAACAAAGCAGCUUUAUCCUAAAGAUGAAGAGGAGGAGCUGCACUAAAGCACUGAAGAUGUACACUAUUCAAUUUUGGCACUCAUUUUAAUUAUAUUGCCUCAAAAACAGCAGACAAUGUAGCAGUGUGCAAAAAGAAUUUUUGCUCUUUUUUUUUGUUUGUUUAAAAUAUAUCAACUACCUACGUUUGAAAUGUAGCAAACAAGAGAGCAUAUUUUGCUUUCUAUACUUUUUGUUUAUUCUGUGUUUUUGUGAAUUUGACUCGGGGAGUUGCAGUGCAAUUUCCACUAGAGAAAUAUUUGGUAAAAGUGAUCGUAUCGUUAUUCAGGUAAAUAAUGUACUUUUUUAAAAAUGCAGAUUUCUAAAAGUCAGGGUUACAUGUAUACAAAAGUAUCUUCAUUUUUUUUCCAUAUUUCUCCCCAGUGUCAUAUGUCAUAUACAUUAAGUUUUUGAGAGCCUGAAAGCCAAACUGUAAGUUGAGCUGCCAGGAUAGAUAAAGUUUACAGACAAAUCAUGCCUUAAUAUAUCCCCAUUCUUUUCACUAAACCUGUGGGUAAACGAGGGCUGGGAGGGGGUUAGAAGCUGCUGAGCCAUAUUCAUCUAAAUCGAAAACAGUAUUUACAAACCAAUCCUCUAAGAUUUUAUUUUAAACAUGAAAGUUUAUAUUUCAGCGAGGUUUCCAUCAGAGAAAGCAUGCUUUUAUAAAAUAAAUAAACCACUGGGCUUUUUUAUGCAAACAUGUGAAUCAAAGAUUUUUGGGUGGUGUAGAAUUCAUGUAGAACAUGCAAUUGCACUAUUGUUUAUUUCUCCUUUUAGUGUGGUAAAAAAACACACUGAUCACUUUUGUAAAUCAUUGAAGUGUAUUUUUUUUGAUAAACACUGAAGUUUAUACUAAUUUAUUUAUGUUGUGCUUCUUUGUGGUUGCAUGUACAGCUUUCCAAAGCAACAUUAUGUGCUUUUUUCUCCAAACAUAUAUAUAUAUAUAUAUAUAUAUAUAUAUUCGUUUUUAAGACAAAUAAAGUUGCAAAACUGAGCCUUAU